AUGAGUUUGGAGGCAGAAGCCCUUGAAGCAGAACUUAAGCUUGCGCGGGCAGAGCUUUCGAAACUCCUCGGGAAGGAGAAUAAGAACUUGCGUUCUGCCAAGGCAAAGGAGAUCCGGGAGCUGGAGAGACGCUGCAUGUCCGCCAAGGCGGCGGACAAGAAGAGCACAAACUCCGCUGACUUUGCAUUCCUCGCCAGCUUAGCAGAAGAGCAGUUGGCCAAAGUGGCAGAGCAGGAGGACAAGAAGCCGACGCUGCAGCAAGGAAGGCUGAACCAGUCCAACGUCCAUCCGGCAGGCUGCUCGGGCAAGGAAAUGCGCAAGGAGCGGAAGGAAAUCAUGAAAGAGUUCCGUGAACAAGACCGCCUCAGCAACCUCGAGUCCCGCCAGACAGGCGGUGGUGGGGACGAAGAUGGGGAGCUGCUUGGUGACUUUGUGGACGUGACCGCCCACCGCUUGAAGCCGGCCAAUGAAUACAGAGUCUUCAGCCCGCCGGGCUUGCGCAGCAAGAUCCGCUGA